CGUAGUAAAUAAACGUAGUGGCGGUGAAGAGAAGUGUUGGUUUGUGAUAGUGGUGUAAAUAAGUUUCUUUCAAUAAAGUGAAUAUGUUUUCUGGAAACCUCCGGUUUUUGUUAAUGAUAGCUUUCAUGUUGUUUGAACAGACAGGUGAUGAUGGAGUUCGCUACUCAUUCAUUGCAGAGUGGUUUGACAAUGAAUCGCAGACACUAAGAAAAUUUUAUUUAAUGUACUUCACAGCUGAUGACACUGUGGAGCUGUUUGAUAUUAAAAAUAACAACACUUUCCUGAAAAGAACGAAAUGUGAAGGAGUUAGUGCAAAGGAUAUUUACAUUGGAGCCAUCAUAACAAUUUUUUCUCGGCAGAUGAACAUAACAGACUUUGCUGAUAACUUCACAAGAGAGAAGUUUGGUAAAACAUUACAGAAGACUUUUGGAAUGCUGAAGCCUGAUGUGGCUGAUAAAUAUGGUGAAAUACUGAAAAUGAUUUAUGCAAAUGACUUUAAAAUAACAAAAUUGAAGAUGGCACGCCUUACAAAGGAACAAGCACAGGAGUUUUAUAAAGAACAUGAGGGAAAACCAUUUUUGCCAUUCUUAGUUGAGUUUAUGACAUCAGGACCUGUACUAGCAAUGGAACUAGUUGCGGAAAAUGGUAUAGCCAAAUGGCGCGAAACUAUUGGACCAACAGAUUCUGAGGUUGCCCGUACAAGUGCCCCAGAGAGUGUGAGAGCAAAGUAUGGCAAAGACAAAUCGUACAAUGCUGUUCAUGGAUCUGAUUCAGUAGAAGCUGCUGAAAGGGAGCUUUCCAUCUUCUUCCCUGCGUCCAGUCGUGAUCUUGAUGGAAAGAUGACUCCAAAGACGACAGCAACAUUCAAGAAUUGUACAUGCUGUGUAAUAAAGCCUCAUGCAGUUCAGGAAGGUUUACUGGGUGAUAUCAUAUAUGAAAUUCAAAAAAGUGGUUUCAGAAUUACAGGAAUGCAAAUGUUUUAUAUGGACUAUCCAAAUGCUGAAGAAUUUUAUGAAGUAUACAAAGGAGUUGUCCCUGAAUGCACGGCAAUGGUUAGUCAACUUGUUAGUGGACCAUGUGUAGCUCUUGAAAUUGUUAGUGAUACUCCUGACACACCUAGCAAAUUUCGAGCUCUUGUUGGCCCACCUGAACCUGACAGGGCAAGAGAACUUCGUCCAAAUACUUUACGUGCAAAAUUUGGUAAAACAAAGGUUUUAAACGCAAUCCACUGUUCUGAUUUACCAGAAGAUGGUUUGUUAGAGGUUGAAUACUUCUUCAAGAUUCUGUCAUGAAUGUGUGCUAGUAAUCCAUUUUUCAAACUUCCUUAGAAAAGUAAAUAUGUGGACAAAAUUUUGAAAAAAAAUCAUUGUGGGAUGUUCACUGUGUUGAAUUGAAACAAUUUUGUGGAAGAACUAAUGAUUUAAAUCUGCUUGCCUGAAUGUAUAAAAAAUUCUGCUCUUGCAAGUGAGAGAGAAAUCUAUUUUGCAGUGCUUCCAAAAUGUUGGAAAAUAAUUUUUCCAUAAAGUGAUAAUAAAUUAAUGAAUAUGACAUCUGUUAUUUUAGAUGGUUGAUGUGUGAAGUACAAAAAGUCUUCAACAUUGAAGUAUUUGUGAAACCAUUCCAGUUAUUUUAUAGUUAAGAUUAAUUUAUAGUGAAUCACAUUCUCUCAGGUAUUACCGUGUUUAUGUGGUUUAUGUGUAUAUGCCAUGCCAUAACAGAAUACGCACAGCUUUAUUUUGGAUAUUUGUUUAAAAAAGUAAAGGAGAAGAUGAACAGGAAAGACACAUGCAAUUAUAAAUUUAACACAUACAACGUAUGGUACUAACAUAUCACUGUGUGUAGUUUUUGUAAGAGGUGUAGCAGAGUGGUGUUUGAAUAUUUCUUCAAGGUUCUGUCAUGAAUGUAUGCCAGUGACCCACCUUUCGAACUUCUUCAAAAAGUAAGACCACUUAAUUAAUUAUAGGUAAUUGAAAUCCACUGAUGUAGCACUCCAGCUAAAAAAUGUUUCACCCUUAGUCCUCUGCUUCCAAUGUGGAAUUAUCAGCUUACGCUACUGUGACUAUGCAUGUCUCAUAACUGUUUGCUUAUCACCAUCUCAGUCAAGUACUUAUUAACUAUUUGAUGCUGUUUUGUACACAGAUAUUGUUACAAACACUUCUAUUUAAAGCAACUAAAUGAAUGAUUAAUGAAAUUUGUGCACAUUACACACACAUAAAUAUGAUUUGGAGUUUCUAGGUUUUACGUUAAAAGUAUUUUAGAUUAAAUUUCUAGUCAGAUUUAGUCUUAUAUUAUUUUUAUUUUACUUAUUCAGCUGUGCUGUAAUCAAUCUGUAAUUGUAAUUUCAAAUUAUAAUGCUCUUAUUAGCACAACAAAUGUUUUAUACAGGCAGAAAAAUUAUAUUUGGU